AACUACCGCCGCUACUACCGCUGUUGACAGAGAGGACGACGAGUUCAAUGGAUGUAUCUGUUGGUGGGGUGGACGGAAGGAAAAAACAAAGUGUUUGACGUAAAACUAACCGCGUAUAGAUACAUGUGUUUAUUUACACCUGUCAGAAUUAGUGUUCGAAAUUCAAUCGGCCGCAUACGGUGAAAAAAAAAUCCAACUGUCACGACAGAUUCGACUUUCAGUGGAAAUUACAUAGGUGGGGGAAUGGAAGGUGAAACAAGAGAAGAUAUCGACACUCUGAUCGAUCGGUUGCGCCAAAUACAGCUCAAGUAUGAUGAAAAAAAUGAUGAGGAUCUUAAUAUUAUUGAAGUACUCGAUACUUUUGGCUGUAUCGGCAAUAUAUCCAUCCAAGAUGAUUCCAACGUUGAGAUAGACGAUAUUUUUUUAAAACUCUUGCACAAUGAAUCUAGCAAAAUUGUUGCAAAAACAGCAAAAGCUAUAGCCGAGAUAGCGAAAACAGAUAGAGGGAGGGAAAAAUGUACGGACAGCAAACUCACUGAGAAAUUGAUGGAAUUGUUGAAGAGAGACGACAUUGAAGUUGUCACUCAAGCCACAAGGGCAUUGAGCAAUAUUUGCUAUGAGAAUGAAAAAGGUAACAAAAUGGUGCAACAAAAUAAUGGCCUGAGUCAAAUACUGACAAUUCUCCAAAGGAGUGUAAAUCUAAACGGAACAGAGGGUGCAGCUUUAUUGAGAACAACAGCUGCUGGAUUUUUAUUGAAUUUUUUAGUCGACCAAAGUUCCUUGCAGGAAAAGGCACUAAAAGCAGAUGUUAUACCGAUAAUCUGCAGCGUUUUAGAGGUAGACGGUACGAACAACGAUGGUAAAGCAGCGAUGCACGCUCUUUUGACUCUGGGUCUUUUCAAUGAUUCGGGAAAUCAGUUUCUCGAUGAAAGAUUGUGCAAAAUUCUCGUUGAUAUUCUGGCGAAACCUGUUCUAUCUGAACUUUCAGAAAUGUGUCUCGAGCUGGUGCAUGGACAAGCUGAGAAUGAGAACGCCAAGCUUCUAUUUGCAAAGACUGGGUUUUGUGAGCUACUUUUGCAAUUGAUCGAGAAAUACGGGCCACGAUGUACGGACGAGGAAACGAGAUCCAUUCUCAAAGUCGCUUGCAAUUUAAUUGUGCUUAUACUAACCGGAGAUGAGAGUAUGAACUUGUUGUACGACGGUAGUAACGGAAAAGUUUACAAGAAACUUGUCGAAUGGCUCGAUAGUACGGAUGAGGAUUUACAAGUGACUGCUAUUUUGGCAAUGGGGAACUUUGCCAGCACAGACGCUCACUGUCAAUUAAUGGUGGAACAAGGGAUCCAUCGUAAACUAUUGCAAUUACUUGGCGACGACGUCGGUAAAAAUGGUGGAAUUAGAUUUCAGCAUGCUUUGCUGAGCGCUCUACGAAAUCUCGUUAUUCCAGCGAGUAACAAACCGAUUGUACUCGCCGAUGGCCUCGUCGAUGUUGUUUAUCCAAUGCUGGAGAUCCCAACAUUCCCCGUCGUUUUUAAAUUACUAGGAACUCUCAGGAUAGUCAUUCAGGGACAGCAGGAGGCUGCGAUAUUAUUGGGAAAACGUGACGAUCUAGUCAAAAAAGCAGUAGCCUGGUGCGCUACGGAAGAUGAUGCCGGAGUUCAGGGAGAAGCAAAUCGAUUGAUCGCUUGGCUCGUUAUUCACAGCAGGGAUAAGGAAGUCGUGGCAAAAAUAAUAAAAUACGGAGGAGUGGAACAUCUCGUCAAAAUGAUAACCGCGCAACACGCGCUUAUGCAAAACGAAGCACUGAUGAGUCUAUCAAUAUUGUCGGCGAUAUCUCUGAUAGAAUCAGAAGAAGCCCUUAUUCAAGCCGAAGUAGGCCAGGCGCUUGUGCAAUUUUUUGAGCAGAAGGAUCCGCAACCCGAUCCAGCUUUAACGAGCAAUGCGCUCACACUAACUUCCAACCUACUCAAGUCCAAAUCAGAAGUUUUGAUAGAGCAACUGCAGAAAUCCGUAGGCCGUGUGUGUGAGAGGGGUUCGAUCGUAAUUGCGACUGAACCGACGACAGCUUGAAGCAUUCUCUCCUCGUAUCUCAUCUGUACAGAACGAAAACGAAAAACAUAAUAAUAAGCUGGAAUAAAGAUAAAAUUGAUGAGCCAUUAUCCGCUGUCACAGACGCAUCGCACUGUGAAUAAUUGAUGAGUUAAUCAACAAACGGGACUCGCCUCAAACGUUUAUUCAGAGACUGAUAUCUAUCUAUACCGACCUCAACCGAUGAAUAAGGAAAAGAGAAGCCCCAUAGAAUCAUCAAGUCAGAGAAUGACGAUUAUUUAUUUUACUACAAGGUUUAUGUAUAUGUACUUUGGAUGCGUGACGAGCGAGAAUCAAAUAUCUAAAAGAUUGCGAAUAAAAAAAGAAUGUUUGGUAGAUUCGAAAUUGUGUUAUAUUUUCAUGAGGGAGGGCCGACGACGUUUAUAUUUUAUGAUAUGCGGUUGUACGACUAUAAACAACGGGGCGAUCGAGAAUCCAACGACGAUAUUAUUCUCAUGUAGAUUUUCUCGAAUAAAAUUAUGUGGCUGUAUCA